AUGAAAAGUGUGAGUGAAGCCACAAAAAGUGACUAUGAGGUGCUUUGUGAUGGCCAAGGAAGGGAGUAUUACUACAACAAAAAGACACGAGCAUCUAGCUUUGCAAAGCCUGAUGUUCUGAAGGGGUCUGAUGAGGACUUUUCGGAGAAUCCAUGGAUGGAAUACAGAAGUGCAAAAGGUAAGUUGUUUUAUUACAACACAGUCACUAAGGAAAGUAGAUGGCUAGAGCCCAAGAAUACUACCAUCCCAAAGAAGACGGUGUUGAGUGGAAUUGGAGCAUGCAUGAAGAUAACAGAUGGAGAAGUAUCGCAGUACCUUGUUGGUAGGCUGGUUGAGCAAUACAAGAUAUCAGGGAUGAAGGAUGGAUUGUAUAAGCUGUCCACUGAGCCGAUUUUCAGAGCAAUUGAUAUACGUAACAGAAACGAGCUGUUAAGAAGGUGUUUGGCAGAUAAAGACGCAAGAGAAGUGGAGGAUAGGCAUAAGAUGCAAAGGUACUAUGUGAACGAGAUAUGCAAAAUGAGGGUGUCUGCACCAGAUUUUUUUGCAUUCAACAACUUGCUUUCGAAGCAUCCUUACUACAUAAUCAUCGAAGACAAGUUUGCGUGUUAUGAGGAGUACAUUGAGAAUAACGAGGGAGGAACAGUCAGAGUAGAACUUGAACAGAUCUUCCAUAAACACGGAGUUGAUCUGAGCACAUCAAUAGUUGAGGUGCUUGCAUUGAAUGAAGUAAAGAGGUUUGAUAGAAAGGAUGUCUUGCUUGCAUUCAUUAAAUACUUCAAGGCAUUGCAAAAGAAGUUUAUGAUAAGCAUUGAAAAUACAAGGAACGAAGUGAUAUGCAAUGCAAAGAGCUGGAAAGAACCGUUUGUAAGUAUGCUCGAGGAUUUAUAUAGAAAAGGGAAAAUACACUACAGGAUGAAGUUCAAGAAUUCAUUCCAUGUAUUCAAAGACUCCAAGCCGUUCCAGGGGCUUCUUGGCGGGAAUGAAGACAUAAAGGAAAUAUACUUUGAGUUCAUGAAUGGCUUGGAGCACAGGGUAGGCGGAUAUAUGCAAGGGCGAGAAAGGAAAGUUGAACCUGAUUCUAUUGAUAGAAGAGCCAUCGACAUGUAUUUUGAAUCUGCUCAGGAAGAAAAGGAAGAAGGUGAAAUAUGA